GUACAAUCGAGACGGAGGAGCAUUCAUACUUUUUGCUAACUCCUCUGCCCAACCCAUUCAGCCAUCUUUGAACCACGAUGAGAACCUCAGCACUCCGAUCGACCCUUGGGACGACCUUGUCACGGUCUCCAAUCGUCUCUAGCCGGGCCGCCAUUCCUCUUCCUCCCCGACCUUCCUCUCUUCUUGCCAACAGAUUACCUCGUUCCUACUCUACAGCUUCGUCCGAGAGCAGUACAUCCAAACCCGAGCAGUCAGAAGAUGCAAAGAAGCAAUCGGCAGACUCUCAAGGGAAACUACAGGAGGCAGAGGCUAAAGUCGUUGAAUUGCAAGCCAAAAUGGAUGAGAUGAAGAGUGACAGUCUGUAUCGCCAAGCUGAAAUCCAAACUCUCACUCGAAGAAUAGGAGAAGAGAAGGCCAAGGCUUCCGAAUUCGCCAUCACUUCCUUUGCCCGUGGUUUAUUAUCAACCACUGAUAUCCUCACUACGGCUCUGAAUCACGUCCCGAAACCCAUCGAACCUGGUACCCCUCUCGCAGAUCUCUUCAACGGAGUCACCAUGACUCAAAAGGCGAUGUACAAAACGUUUGAGGAACAUGGAAUGAAGAAGAUGGCCGUGGAAAGAGGCACAGUCUUUGAUCCAAACCUUCAUGAAGCCACUUUUCACAUUCCACCGACAGUCGCGGGUGAACGAGGCGACGGAAAGACCUGGGGAAAGGGAGAAGUCGUGGAAGUCACGAAGGAGGGCUGGACCAUUGGCAGCCGAGUCUUACGGCCAGCUCAGGUUGGAAUCACGCAACUGGAGUAGGGCUGUCAAGGACGUAGACGCAGAAAAAAUGAGAAUGACGGAAAACUAGGAUCGAUCGAUUCCUCACUGUAUCAUUAUCGAGGCAUGUCUCUCGAAGUUCAUUAAUGACUACGCAUCACAGCAUAUGCAUUCAC